AUGGCGGAGAAGAGCUUCAAGUAUGUGAUCAUCGGCGGUGGUGUAUCUGCUACUGAUGCGUUUUUCAAAACUAGUAUUUCUGAUGUAUAUGCUGUCGGUGAUGUCGCCACAUUUCCUUUGAAGUUGUACAAUGAUAUCAGAAGAGUUGAACAUGUUGACCAUGCCCGUAAAUCAGCUGAGCAGGCUGUGAAGGCCAUUAAGUCAAAUGAAGAGGGGAAAACAAUUGAUGUAUACGAUUACCUUCCAUUCUUCUAUUCUCGUUCCUUUGAUCUGUCCUGGCAAUUCUACGGUGACAAUGUUGGUGAUGCCGUGCUAUUUGGAGACAAUGAUCCAGCAUCACCCAAGCCAAAGUUUGGAUCAUACUGGAUCAAAGAUGGGAAGGUUGUCGGAGUUUUUCUGGAGGGUGGAACUCCCGAUGAGAAUAAAGCAAUUGCCAAGGUUGCUAGGGUCCAGCCUCCUGUUGAGAAUUUGGAUGUGCUGACAAAAGAAGGUCUUUCUUUCGCCUGUAAGAUAUGAAAUUUCCUUGCUUACGAGAUCAAAAGAUUAUAUCAAAUGUGUUUCUAUCAAGAAUGUAAUAUUUAAUAGCUUGCGAGCUCUAAUAAGGUGGCUCUUGUAGUUGCUAUCUUGAUUGUUGGAUGAUGUUUGUUUUAAUACAUGUUUCUUGCUUGGGAUUAUUCUCUCA